ACAGAGCAUGGUGCUUGCACUAAAGAUCCCUGCGUCUUUUCGGAGUGGGUAUAAAUAGCUCCUCUGUAAAGCAUCUAUCCAGAAUUUGAACAUCUGCACCAAGAACACUUCAGCAGUAAAGAUUCUCUUCGCAAAGGAUUGCCGUGGACAACAAUGGACUACUUCAAGUUCUCCGGUUAUAUCUUGGCCCUUUUGUCCAUCCUACCCUCAGCUGCAACAACCUGCCCUGCCAAGUGUUCAUGCACACAAAAUGACAGGUAUGUAGACUGCUCAGACCAAGGUUUAACAGAACUCCCAGAGAACAUCCAAGACAAUGUUGUACACCUAAAUAUUUCGCACAAUGGCAUUAAAGAUCUCAGCAAUCAGCUGACCAAUUUCACCAACCUGAGGCUCCUCGACAUAUCAAACAAUCUGCUCACUCAUAUGCCAACCGAGUUUCCACGGGCACUUUGGGAAAUCUAUGCUGCUAAUAAUCGCAUCAAAGUACUUGAGAAGGAAGACACUGUCACCCAGUGGAACCUGAAAAUACUGGAUUUGUCUGACAACCUGAUUGAAAGGGCUUUUCUGAUUAACAACACAUUAAUUAAUCUCAAAUUCCUCAACUUCAGUGGGAAUAGAUUCUGGACAGUCCCCACCAAUACACCUUAUAACUUGGAGACUUUAGAUUUAUCUCACAAUAACUUGCAGAAUAUACUACCUGACACUUUUCGUCAAAAAGGACUUUCAAAACUAUAUUUGAACAACAACAGUUUCACGUUUAUUCCAAAUGGAACUUUUGAUCUGCUCACUGGCUUGCAGUUGAUAACCCUAUAUGGAAACUCGUGGGAAUGUAACAAUCUGGAUAGUAUUUCCUAUCUACUGACCUGGACAAAAAGGGUGGCAGCAACUGUGCUUGGAGUUCCAUGCAUGGAAGAAACAGAAUCUACUCAGAAAGCAACCAUCACCUUUGAACCAAGCAACAUAACACAAGUAAUUCAUACUCCAGGUUUUACUCGUGAACAGACUGAAAUCAGAACAAUUCCAACUACUGUGUCUGAGGGGAGUGAGGCAAAAACAUUCCAAUCUUUAGUGAAUCAAGGAACUGGAACUUCAUCCUUUCUAGAAUUAAUCAGAAAUGCUAAUUUGAAUUCACCUGCACAAAGCUCCGUUAAUGAACAUGUUUUGGAAAAAACAACCCAAACUAUUUCUAUUCAAACAAGAGGUAGCACUGAAAGUUCCAGCAUUACACCUAUUGUCACAAAUACAAUGGAUACACUUCCAUCAUCCUCAAUGCUCAUUACGGCACCUGAAUUUACCUCCAACAGCACCAUUUCAACCAUGUUCAUCACAAUGGCUGACAGAAAUGGAACAGUGAACAGCCAGAUUGAUGGCUCAAUGGCUGUGUCAACCUUUGAGCCAAUGCCCACUGCAAGUCACGGACCAACUGCAUCAGUUACAUACUCAACACAUUUGGAGCCAAGUACUGUCAACACAACCACUUCUCAGGCUGCAAUGAGGAGUAUUUCCAGUACCAUUAAGACUAAUCCAACCAAUCUGACCUCACCCAAGGUCAAUGGAAUCACUGCAACUACAAAUAUCACGAAGCAUUAUGGAACAACGGCACAAAGCACAAACUCAAAAGCACAUGAAUGCACAGGAAUAUCACUCUACAUCAUAGCUUUUCCCAUGCUAGCAGCACUGGCCAUUUAGAUAUCUAAAUAAGGGAAACAGUUAUUGACACCAUCUUUGGCCAAUGAAUCAGGUAGUUGGUAUUUUCUUUCAAGAAAUUAAGCACCAAAUACUGCUCUGAAGGCUUACGGACCACAUAGAACAAAUCUGAUCUUCGGUCUUUUGAUCCACCAAUCUCAUUCAGCCAGGUCUGCUUUGUCCCACGGCCAGAAAAGAUGGAAGAACGAUUUUAAAAUGCCAAUUUAAAUACCCCAGUCCUCACAAUUUGUUAACUCUUGCUGGAAAGUGCACACUAAUAAAUACAGAUGCGAGUUACCAAUGAUUACCUCUCCCAGCCCCACCAGCAUAGUUUUUGAAAACAUUUAAGGUCAAGACUAAUAUGAUAAACAGCCGCCUGGAACAGCAGCAGGGGCUGACACUGCCAGAUGCAUAGCACCCAAUAGGUGACUACCAACAAGGAAACGUGAGGAGAAAAUAAACCUCUAUUAUGAGUUGGCCCAGCGCCAAACAGGAGAAAGGACCCUUACUAAAAGCUUAGCAUACGAACUCCACUUAUCCACCAUCUUUCGAAUAUUUUUAUUUAAGCAUAAAGCAAUUGUGAUAUACAUUCAGAAUUCAAACUUUUUUUCUGCAAAAACAAACAUCUGAAAAGUUUCGUAAUUUUACAACUAAAGCAUUUCUGUUACCUGAAAUGUCUAACUAUCUACUCUAUUUGUAAUAUGAAAGUUUGAGCAUCUUUUUUCCUGGUAUGUGGAUGCA